AUUAUUGGCAGCGGCACGCUCUGGUCCUACUAUCGCAUCCGCGUGCUCUGUUUAUAAUUUAGAAAUUGUAAAUUUUUGCAAAUAACCAUGGACGACGAAGCGGAAACCUACAAGCUGUGGCGCAUUCGCAAGACCAUCAUGCAGCUGAGCCACGAUCGGGGUUACCUGGUGACCCAAGACGAGUUGGACCAGACUCUGGAGCAGUUCAAGGAGAUGUUUGGCGACAAGCCCAGCGAAAAGCGGCCCGCUCGCUCCGAUUUGAUAGUUUUGGUGGCCCACAAUGACGAUCCCACGGACCAGAUGUUUGUCUUCUUCCCCGAGGAGCCAAAGAUCGGCAUCAAGACCAUCAAGACGUACUGCACCCGUAUGCAAGAAGAGAACAUCCACCGGGCCAUCGUUGUGGUUCAGGGCGGAAUGACGCCCUCCGCCAAACAAUCUCUCGUGGAUAUGGCCCCCAAGUACAUCCUGGAGCAGUUCCUCGAAUCCGAGCUGCUCAUCAACAUCACAGAGCACGAACUGGUCCCGGAGCACGUGGUCAUGACCGUCGAGGAAAAACAGGAGCUGCUGAGCCGUUACAAACUGAAGGAGAACAUGUUGAUGAGGAUCCAGGCGGGCGAUCCCGUGGCCCGAUACUUCGGACUCAAGCGCGGCCAGGUGGUUAAGAUCAUCCGUUCCUCUGAGACGGCGGGGCGGUACAUAUCCUACCGAUUGGUGUGCUGAUACUGGACUUUUGAACCACCGACUUCCGAUCAUUAUACGUAUUUUAAGAACUCUAAGAUUUAAGGAAAAGGCAGCGAGUUGUAUACAUUAAUAAAUCGCAAUCUUUUCGA